AUAAAAGGAAUAUCGUGCUCAACGAGAACAACAUUAAGCUUGUAUUUAUCCUUUACAUCCCACCGUGACACGGCAAUUGCAGGGCUCUCUCCUCUUCGCAUCUGCUUAACUAUAGAUUCUUCCAUUUUCAGCUUUAGAUUCGGUCCCGAAACACGUUACCCAUCAACCACGGAAGCUGAGAGAAGGAGGAACACAAAGUAAAAACUUAAGGGGCAACCAAGACCAGGAAAACAUUCAACCGGACCACGGCCCAAUCCAGAAGGUAGAAGGGACUCCUUGGAAAAUCCAAAGACGGUGAGGCCCUCCGCCCGAUUCACGCAGCGAAUCUUAACUGCUACAGCAUGAGGAUUAUCUUAGCAGUAUGAUCAUCAGGGGGGAGGAAUCAUUAGCAGCUUCUGUCUUUUUCUUAAGACUAGACAACUACUGCGAUCAGAGGCUGCAAUACGAAAUCAUCCUGUGGCAAAAACCCCAACAUAGCCCCAGCUCAAAGCACCCAAUCAAUCGGCUCCAAGCAAAAAUAUAUUGAGUGAAGAAAUAAAAUAUGAUAGGAUAUACAUACCCUUCAUUCCGCUCCACAGCCCAACAUAUUUCCAUUUGUCUGGCCUUACUCUAGGAUUCAACGCUCUCAACUCUCUCUAUCUCCUCGAGAUUCAGCAAUGGAGGAUGUCCAGAUGAACUAUCACUACUAUUGCUACACCCCGACCCUCCAGACAUUCUUCAUGACAUUCCUGCUAGUCUACCUCCUCGCGUACUUCCUCCUAUUCCGCGACUGGGGCCCCAGGGCUCGCCCCUUCGCCUCCAGCUGCUUCAUCUCCCUGGCCCAUGGGACCCCCGCCACCCUCUUGGCCGUAUGUGCAAUCUAUACCGAGCCUCCGCGUAGCUUUGCCUCGGCCAACACCGCGGCCCAGAGCACGGUCCUGGAAUUCAGCACGGCCUACUUCUUGAUAGACCUCCUCCACUACCUCGUCUUCUUCCCCCAUGACACGCUCUUCAUCAUCCACCAUGUGGUGACCCUGUUUGUGCUCUUGACCUGCCGCUACAUGGUCUCCCGCGGGGCUUACGGGAUUCUCGUUCUCCUCGUCCUCGCAGAGAUCACCAGCCCAUGCCAGAACUCAUGGAGCAUAGCCAAGGCACGAAGGGAUGUCGCCCCUGCCGCCAACAAAUACUACAGGUUUCUGUCCCCACGCUUCUAUGCUUUCUACAGUGUUGUCAGAGGUAUUUUGGCGCCGAUUUUCGUCUAUGAUCUGGUGGCGUUUUAUGCGAGUGGGUUGGCUGAAGAUUCAAUUCCCAGGUGGGUUUGGCUUUCAUGGGUUGUGGUUAUGGGUUCCGGGAUAUUGGUGAGCAUUAUCUGGGUUUUGAACAACUGGAAACAAUGGUAUAGAGAAAGAAGCUCCGAUGCAGAGAAAAAAGCCAGCUAGGAGGGAUGGGGACAUAACCAGGAGAAGUCACUGGCAUGUGAAAGAAUUCACACAUAAGCAGCUAAAUCAUGUAACAGCCUACAAGUAAAUCAGUCUCUCUUUUUCACUGACCUGCUGCUACACUUUCUAAGUAUGGACAAGAAAAGCUUUGAAUAGAGGCAGGUAAUAAGCAAUGCUUAAGGGAACUGUUGUGGCUUCUGAAGCAGAAUUAUCAUUGUGAUUUCUUAAGAGAUUGCUGGUUAUAGUUUUUGAAUUUCAAUCUCACAGGCUCUUGGAGUACUUGGCGAUGAGCCAGUACUACUUUUGUACAGAUAUACCUUUCUCAGCCUAUUAGCCUAGAAAAAAGUGUAGUUGCUUACAUUGUAAAUCUUGGGAAUUUGUUAUCAACAUCAAUUAAUUUCUUAGUUUUCUC